AUGGAUAAAGUAGUUGAAGGACAAGCUGAAGCUAUUCUCAAGGCUUUGAGGUCAUUUGAUUUUGUGUUUUGCUUGCUUCUAAUGAACAAAGUAAUGAAAGUUACCGAACUACUUUGUCAGACACUACAGCAGAAGUCUAUUGAUCUUGUGCAAGCAAUGAACUUUGUAAGAGUUACAAAGUCACUUCUUCAGGAGAUGAGAGACAUAGGGUGGGAUGAUUUGGUAAGAGAUGUGAAAUCUUUUUGUGAAAAACAUGAUCUUGAAAUGCCUGAUAUGAGUGCUUGUUAUAAGAAUGGUACAGGUUGUCGUUGUCAAGAGAUUACAGUUGAGCACCAUUAUCAUGUAAAUGUGUUCAAUGUCUUGAUUGAUUAUCAGUUGAGUGAGUUGAAUAGAAUAUACUCAGAGCAAGGUUUAGAACUCCUUACACUUAGUUCAUCUUUGAAUCCUCUUGAUGACUUCAAGUACUACAAAACUGAAGAUGUUUGCAAUCUUGCUAAGAGGUUUUAUCUUGAAGAUUUUGAUGAUGGUGAAAUGUGUACUCUAGAAUUAGAGUGUGCAUAUUAUGAGAAGGAUAUGUGA